GUGAAGAUGGCGCUCGGGCGGUUGGUCGGCGCUGUGUUGAGAGCCCGAGGCCCGGGACCCGCGGUCAGGACCCUCCGCCUCACACACAGCUGUGUGGACCCGGCCGUCGGCCUCACAGAUGAACAGAAGGAGUUCCAGAAGAUGGCCUUUGACUUCGCUUCCAACGAACUGGCGCCGCACAUGGCCGAGUGGGACCAGAAGGAAACCUUUCCCGUGGAGACCAUGAGGAAGGCGGCGCGGCUGGGUUUUGGGGGGAUUUACGUUCAGCCAGAUGUUGGGGGCUCGGGGCUCUCGCGCUUGGAUACGUCCAUCAUAUUUGAGGCCUUGUCCACAGGCUGCGUCAGCACCACCGCUUACAUCAGCAUUCACAAUAUGUGUGUCUGGAUGAUCGACACGUUCGGGAGCCAGGAGCAGAGGCAGCAGCACUGCCCUGUGCUGUGCAACAUGGAGAGAUUCGCUUCCUACUGUCUGACCGAACCAGGAAGUGGCAGUGACGCAGCCUCAUUGCUAACCACUGCAAAGCUGGAGGGUGACCAUUACAUCCUCAACGGGUCCAAGGCUUUUAUUAGCGGAGGUGGCGACACGGAUCUGUACGUAGUGAUGUGCAGGACUGGAGACAAGGGACCUAAGGGCAUCUCCUGUCUCCUGGUGGAGAGAGGCACCUCAGGGAUGAGUUUCGGCAAAAAGGAGAAGAAGAUUGGCUGGAACUCACAGCCCACACGAGCUGUGAUCUUUGAGGACUGCGCUGUGCCUGUGACCAACCGGAUUGGGAAAGAAGGGGAUGGGUUCUCUAUCGCGAUGAAAGGAUUAAAUGGAGGAAGAAUCAACAUCGCUUCGUGUUCGUUGGGCGCCGCUUACGCCUCCAUUCUUCUGGCUCGGGAUCACCUGAAAGUCCGUAGGCAAUUCGGGGAACCUCUCGCUAACAGUCAGUAUCUACAGUUCAGACUGGCGGAGAUGGCGACUGGACUGCUUGCGGCUCGGCUGAUGGUGCGGAACGCAGCCUCCGCGCUGCAGGCCGGCCGGGAGGACGCAGUGGCCCUCUGCUCCAUGGCGAAGCUCUUCGCCACCGAUGAAUGCUUCACGAUCUGUAACCAGGCUCUUCAGAUGCACGGAGGCUAUGGCUAUCUGAAGGACUAUGCUGUGCAGCAGUUUGUCAGAGAUAUUCGAGUGCAUCAGAUCUUGGAAGGUACCAAUGAGGUGAUGAGGAUGCUUAUCUCAAGGAACCUGCUCCAAGACUGACGCUGCUGAGGGCAGUGAGAUUCUGCGCUGAAGGGACCGCAUCUUUCCUCGAUGAUCAAUUGUACGUCAAGUGCAAAUUGGCUAUUCAUAGAGAAGUCAAAGGGUUUCUAUCCAAAAGCCUUACUCGUGGAAUAUUACCUUUUUACAUUAACCACAUCUGGUUGUAUUAGGCACCACAGGAUGUCCAGGAGAACCUGUGAAAUAAACUUGUAAAUAAAAGUAUUUAAAAACA